AAAAAUUAUAUGUUUUUUUUUCAUUUUCCUGUAUUAUUUAUGAGUACGAAAUCAAUUUCCAGGUAACUACUAUGAUUAUAAAUAAUAUUCCAAUGCGAAACUUUAUCCUUUAUACUUGACCCCGUGUUUCAUCUUGAGAGAAGAGGAUGGUGCCCAUGAAACAAUUACAAUUUAAUAGAAAUUUAAUUAUUAGUCAUUAUGUUGCAUAGAACAACAUCUGAAAUAUUGAGUAAGGCUGAUGGUGUAUUAAACCAACAUUUUAUGUUUUGGAAACAUUUGUGUCAUAUCUUAUCAAAUGGGCCAUUGUCUAAGUUGCUUCAACAAUCAAGCCAACACUGAUGUGGAUACAUCACAGAGACAUAAAGAUGAGAUGACAGAAAUUGUGACUAAUAAUCAAGUGCCUACCGUCAUGAUAUCAGAUUAUCCUCAAGAAGAACCACUCUUGCACAACAAUGAUAAUAGUGUAAAUUGUUAUAGAAGUAGUAGUAAUAUAUCAAAUGCAAAUGCUUUGAAUUCUUUAAAUGAAUAUUGCUCUAAUGAUACAAUUAAUAAAAUGCAUAUAAAUAAUGACAAAACUCCUAAAUCAUUUUAUCAGAAGCUGCCGUCAAUACCACGAACCAUGUCGUCAAUUGGUUCAAGUGAAGCUCGAAUUUCAGAAUCAAAAAUCAAUCAGUUAUUUGAUCAAUACAAAGAUAAUUUAGAAGAUGCUAUUCUUGCGGAAGGAAUUGAAAACUUAUGUAAUGAUUUACAAUUAAAUCCAGACGAUUUUAAAGUAUUAGUACUUGCAUGGAAAUUAAAUGCUAGUCAAAUGUGUAGAUUUACCAAAACUGAAUUUGUUCAAGGAUUAAAAAAUAUGAAAACUGAUUCAAUAAAAGGAAUACAACAGAAAUUAAAUGAAAUCAUAAAUGAACUAAAGAGAGAUUCUGAGCACUUCAAAGAUUUGUAUAGAUUUACUUUUAAGUUUGGUUUAGAUGUUAGUACUGGCCAGAGGAUACUACCAGCGGAUAUUGCUGUACUUCUAUGGCGUUUAGUCUUUACAAACAAUGAACCUCCUAUAUUAGAUAGAUGGCUUAGUUAUCUUGAGAAAAACCCUCAUAUCAGAGGGAUUCCUAAGGACACUUGGUAUAUGUUUCUGAAUUUUUGUGAGUAUGUUGGUGAUGAUCUAAGCAGUUAUGAUGAUACUGAAGCAUGGCCGAGCUUAUUUGAUGACUUUGUUGAAUUUGAAAAUGAUCAAAUGAAUCAAAAUAUAACAAAGAAUGAUAUCAAAAUUCAGGAUUAACCUCCUGUGAUUGCCAAAUUAUAGCUACUAUAGGUACUUAAAAAUUGAGACUGAUAAUCGGAUAAUGAUUGCUUAGUGAUGGACAUGUUCAAUGCCUAGGAGCUAAAAGUUGAAACAUUGACAUAGUAGUAAAACAUAUUUUACUGAUAAAUGAACUGUAAAUAUUUAAGUACUGCAUAUUAUAAUAAGUAACGUGAAACUGUAAACCCAUUUAAAUUUAUUCAUAUGAAUAAUUGACAUUCCAGAAAUGGAGAUAGCCAAAAUUUGUAAAUAUUUCAUUCUUUAGCCUCAAUUGCUUAGAUUUACUAAUAAAUAAAGGGAAUAAUAUUCUUAUUCUCAUCAAAUCCUAAAAGCUUAAUUUAAGAUCUUAAAACAUGUCUCAUAAUAGCAUAAUAAUAAAUUGUUUAUUUUUUGUAAUAACAUAGUAUUCAAGUUAAAUUAUUUUUGUAAAUAAAAUACAAAGUAAACUUCAUUAUGUUUUAUAAAUUUCAUUUAUUGUGUAAUACUAUUUUUAUUACUUAUAUUAUUAAACGCUAUCAAUUGAUGUUCUCACAUGUAAAGACAAUAUCAUUAAUAUUUUAUGUUGUAUUUUCAUAUAAAAUAGUAGAAUGAGUUUGCAAUUGUAAAAGUUUGUGACCAAUGGUGAUUUCAGCCUUAGAAACGUAUGUAUUAACUAUGCAUAUGCAAUAAAUACAAAAGAUUUUCCUUACAA